AUCUAAACUUUAUAUUUUAGCUAAUAUGACAGUGCUCAGGAAACAAGGACUUUCUUCUGACAGCGGGUUCGGCGAAGAAAUGUCUCAAACAACCGCUGGACCCGGUUCACCGCAGUGGGCUCUCGCACCGGAAUUUGUUCCUCGAGCAGUAUUUUCUUCCUCUGUGAAAUCUUACGCCGAAACAGUAAAGCCAAAAUCUCCAGAAAGCGGCAACAGCGAGUCGCCUCCAUCUCACUCUGAACAACUUUUGUGUCCAUUCGCCAUGGGUGAAGUUUGUCCGUACGGUGAUCAGUGUUCGUAUUUGCAUGGUGAUAUAUGCGAACUAUGUGGUAAACCCUGUCUCCAUCCUUUAGAUGAAGAGCAAAGAAAACAGCAUAAUGAGGUAUAGAAUUUUUUUAUCAACA